AAGCAUAGUUUAAAACUAGGUAUGAUAUCGACACACGAGAGUUUAGAAAUACCUGGUCAUCCAAAUACUAAAUCAAGAAAUACUCACAUAUUUCUUUAUUUUACAGCAAUCACAGCGGAUCUGUUACUGGUGAGCUUUGGCAGUGGAUUAGCAUGGACGUCUCCGGUGCUACCUAAAUUACAUUCUAAUGAUAGUACAAUAAAUCCUUUGGGGCAACCUAUAACGACAAUGCAGACUGCAUUGAUAGCGUUUAUACCACUUUCAGCGGGAUCAUUAACACACCUUUUUUGGGCAAUAUUACUGGACAAGAUUGGAAGAAAAUUGACUAUGAUUAUUAUUGCUACAAAUGCUUCGUGUGGUUUGUUAGGAAUAGCAUUCGCAUCAAAUAUUUACUUAUAUUAUAUUUGUCUCUGUAUAUUUGGAUGUAGUUUGAGUGGAGAUGUGGUCGCUGUGGUUGUUUACAACAACGAAAUAGCUGAUGACAUCAACAGAGGUAGGUUGGGCUGCUUAGCAGCCCUUUCUGUACCUUCCGGAAUGCUUUUCAGUUAUAUUUUUGGAUCAGUUACUAGUUUCAAAGUCUUUACUUUAAUUUGUGCUGGGCCAUCUUUUUUGUUUUUACUAGCAUCUCCAUUCUUAGUGGAUUGUCCAACUUUUUUGAUAACAAAACACAAAAGAUUUGAAGCUUAUAGAGCUUUGAAGAAACUCAGAGUAACUGAAUUUCAAGAAAGUUUAAUUUGGGAAUACGAAAAAAUAAAAAACACCGUGAUAGAAGGACGGACUGUAAGAGGGAACAAAUAUUGCACACGGGCUUUUAUUAGAGCUAUUCUUCAGAGUCUGUUGAGUCUUUUUGUCCAACAGUUGUCUGGGAUCUUGGUGGUUAAUUAUUACGUAGCUUCUAUUUUUAAUGAGAGUGGUUUUGGAUUAUCAGGGGAUUGUUUAGGAAUUUUAGUAGGUGUAGUUCAAAUUGUGACUUAUAUUAUAAUUUUAAUUUUAAUUCAGAGAAUUGGAAAAAGGCGACUUAUUCUGGUUUCGUCAUUAUUUUGUUCGAUUUCAAUGUUCUUUCUUGGAUUAUAUUUUUAUUUGAGUCAUAUAAAAUCGCCAAUAUUUGAUAGAAUUCACUGGAUAGCCAUCGUUUUUGUUAUUUUCUACCUAAUUAGCUAUGGAAUGGGACUGGGUGCUAUUCCUAUGGGGUUGGUUGGAGAGUUUUUUUGUGAAAAUACAAGAGCUAUAGGUUCUGCUUUGGUAUUCACAGUUUCUGACUCGUUAAUGGCUCUUAUUGUCUUCAGUUUUCCAAUAGUGUCUGAAACUUAUGGAAUUUAUAUUAAUUUUUGGUUUCAUUGCAUUGGGUCUUUAGUUGGUUGUGUAGGUUUGUUCUUUUUCUUUGUUGAAACAGAAGGAAAAUCAUUAUUGGAAGUUCAAAACAUCAUGAAAAAUAAUUAAUAAGAUAAUUUAUUACUCAUAGAUUCCUUACCAAGUUUCCAUAUUACACUGGGGAACAGCAUUAUUGUUGUCUUAGAUAUGUGACUUCCUUUUUUAAGUAAUUUUUUGGUUUUGAAAUUCAUAAAUAUAUAAAAAUAAAAUGAGAACCGAUCAAAUAUAUAAGAAUGUUUAAUUCAUGCGGACGUUAUUAUAUUUAAAUUUCGUUUAUACAAAAAGUAAUGAAGAAGAUCUUAAGGCAAAAAUGUUUGCUAGUAGCUCUUCCUGAGGUAUUCAAGUUGAGUUCAUUCUCGCUUGAUGCUCCAAUGAUAGUCAACCACCAUACUGAUAUCCCAUCUUGAUGGAGUCUGUCAUAAUAAUUUUUACCUACUACCAAUAUGUAAUAUCAAACAUUACGAUACUAAUAUGAGUUUCGUAAUGAGAUACUUUACCGCACUAGUGCGGUAAAGUUACUAGUGGAAUGAACUCAUGAAUAAAAAAUUAAACCUUAUUUAUUAUAGUAAUUAAACACAACACCUGUACAAUUAGUGAUGUUUAUUCCAGCUGACGUGGAGGCAGUUGAAGAAUUGUAGUUUUCAAUUUCAAUUGAAUUUUUUGUAGAAACGAUUCCGUUUCCGCUUCAAAAAAGCCAAUAGCUGUGAAUAUUUACUUAUGUCCACAUUUUUCUUCACAGAUAACAUUGCUCUCAGCACCAGUCUUCGAAUCGCUUAUAUUUUUUUUCGUAUCUAUUGCGGGCUUUAGCGGGUACUAGGGUUCGUAUUGCGUUAUUGCGUUAUCACAGUUUCAUAGUCGGAACUCAUAUCGAUACAAUUAUACCAAACUGAAGUGAACGCGUCAAAAUUGACAGUUCGCAAAAUAAAUCAACAAUGAGCGCAACGCUUGCUUGUUACAUGAUUCUAAUAUCAUUAAUUUAACGAAUAUUGACUAAUUUUGAGUAAAUAAUUAAUAUUAUUGGUAGUAUGUAAAAUAAUGUACUAUAUUCGUAUCGUAAAUUCAUAUUACGAUAUUCAAUGGGUUAUCAAAUUUCCCAUCUCAUUUAGUAAUAUGAAUCUUUACGACACUUAUAUCGUAAAUAUCUAUUCUGCUGUCAAGUGGCUGAUUUAAAAUGUGUAUAUUACCAAUGCUAGAGCUCUAAUGCUCUUCACACACAUAUAAAAUGAAGACUGGGUAUAUCUGUGUUGUUUGCCAAGACGAAAAGACCAUUUUAAGGUCAACACAGAUGAUCCCAUAGGUGUAAAUUGUAUCGCAGGCAAUAACUAUCUCCAUGUAUUCAUAUUUUUCGCGAAAAGGAAUUGAAUGGCCCAUUCAGACUAAACUGGAUAAUUUUUUAUUGUGGAGGAGAACGCACUUUAAGCUAAGCUUUAAGCUAUUUAUACACAAUCGCUAUUCAGUUGCGUAAUACUCUUUCAUUGAACUACAUAUGUUCUAGCAGUAUACGAAUUCGUUGUCACUUUGUACGCAGAAAUGCACUUCUCUGGAAAAAAAAUAAGUGACAUUCAAUAGUCAACUUAAAACUUAAAGUAGUAAUCACUUAUUGAUCUUUGUGAUCUUGACAAAUCAUGUGUUUCCUUAGCUUAAAUUCGUAAUUUCUGAAAACCAAGCUUGCAGACUUUGUGAAAAACCCAUAAUGAUUUAUCUUGAUCACAAAAUUUUACUUUGAAAUAAGCCAAAGAGGCUUGCUUGGUAAAAGUACUGAGUUUUUCCUUUGACUGGGAAUUGUCAAACUGCCACAUAUAGAACAAAACGAAUCGUGUCUUUCUAAUAAUUUACAGCAGAAGCUACCAGAGGAAGAUAUAAGGAAUUAAAUACUGUUAAUUUCGUAUUAUGACUCCCGCGUGACUUCCGUUCACUUGCAGUCGGAAAAAAUUCGCUUUUUGUGGUUCGCGAUUAAAUACUGCAAAUCGUAGUCCUAUGAGCAACAACUGUAAAAAAACUGACGUGAUAGGAAAAUUUACUAAAGUUUUGGCAUCGCCGUUUCUCCAAAACAGCAUAAAAGGCAAAAGAAAUUGACUUAAAAAUUGUUCCCCAGUGUUAUUAUAAGAUGCGUACUUCAAUACUUAUCGAUAUUUAUAAAUAAGGAUCAUAUUUAAAUUGUUUGAAUUGCUGUAAGAUUGUAUAUCUUAAUAAAUCUUUAUCCACAA